GCGGCGGCGGCGGCCAUGGCGGCGAUGAAGGUGUUCGUCACCCGGCGGCUCCCCGCGGAGGGGCGGGCGGCGUUGAUCGAGGCCGGAAUCUGCAGUGUUGAAGAGUGGGAUUCCGACGAGCCUAUACCUGAGGGAGAAUUGCUGAAAAGAGUCACGGGAGCGCAUGGCCUGCUCUGUCUUUUGUCGGAAAAGAUCGACAGAAGAGUCCUCGAUGCUGCAGGAUCAAAUCUUAAAGUAAUCAGCACCCUUUCCGUGGGAGUCGACCAUCUCGAACUGGAUGAAAUUAAAAAACGUGGGAUCCGUGUGGGCUACACCCCAGACGUUCUGACCGACGCCACUGCCGAACUCACCGUUGCCCUGCUUCUCACCACGUGUCGCAGACUGCCGGAAUCCAUUCAAGAAGUGAAGAACGGUGGCUGGACAUCGUGGAAGCCACUUUGGAUGUGUGGCUAUGGGCUUACCGGGAGCACCGUUGGAGUGAUAGGAUUGGGAAGGAUAGGACAGGCUGUCGCCCGUCGUUUAAAACCAUUCGGGGUCAAGAAAUUUCUAUAUACUGGACGCCAGGCGAGGCCCGAAAACGCAGCGGAAUUCCAAGCAGAAUUUGUACCAGUUAACCGGCUGGCCGCAGAGUCCGAUUUUGUCGUCGUGACCUGCUCCUUGACGCCUGAAACCGAAGGGCUCUGCGACAAGGACUUCUUCCGGCAAAUGAAGAAAACCUCGGUUUUCGUCAACGUGAGCAGGGGAGUUGUGGUCGACCAGGAUGAUCUCUAUCAGGCCUUGGCCACUGGCCAAAUCGCAGCCGCCGGGCUGGACGUCACAACUCCAGAACCGCUGCCUACAGACCAUCCUCUUCUUACCCUGAAGAACUGUGUGAUUCUGCCACAUAUCGGGAGCGCAACCUACUCUACCCGAAGCACCAUGGCCGCGCUGGCGGCCCACAACCUGUUGGCCGGCCUGAAAGGAGAGCCCCUGCCCAGCGAAUUCAAGCCGUAGAAGGGACAACGAAAAGAACCGCGGCCGUCACGACGUCCUGUUCUCUUUAAGGCUCCCUCUUCCCGUCAGAGAUCCCCGCUCCCUGGCUCCGUCCGGAAGCCUGCGGCGCGUCUCCCCCCCCCCCCAAAGCGGGGCUGGCCAGAGCGGAGACGAAUAAAGCCGCAGGUGGCCGUUAUCCUGA